AUGCCAUCCACGAGCACCAGCACCGCAUCUUCAACAUCUUCAACCAAAUCUGCAGAAUCUACAACCGCUUUGACGUCUGUGGCCGGCGCAAGCCAGACAGCAAUAAGCACUUCGUCCAGCCAUAAAAGUAAUGCUGGUAUUAUAGGCGGCGUUGUGGGCGCGGUGAUCGCUGCAAUCCUCCUCGCUAUAUUUCUGUGCUUCUGCAUCAAGCGACGUCGUGCAAAAGUCAAAAACACGGUACAUCGCUCAGUCUCGAGGCAGUCCCUUCGAGCUCAAGAUCACACUCCCACUACAAAGAAAAGUCCCUCGUCAUCCGCAACGGGACUGGUAGCAACGGCUAAAGAAAGCCAACACCCAGCCGCCUCCCCAGCUUCAAACACAGACGUAACAAUAUCAAGUCUCGGAAACGACAUUUAUAACGACUACCCUACAGGACAGCCCUCAAGCCUCUCACUCCUAACUCUCUCGACACUAUCAACCUAUAACAACAGCCCAACCCCACCCUCAAAAUCCAGCACAAGCCUCGCACCACUCAUAAUCCCCACCAAAACAUCUCAACCCCAUCCACAUCAUCCUCCAACCCCACAAGCAGUCAACUACGUCCCCGAGCUCUCCGACACAGGCUUCCGCCGUCAAAGAGCAGAACUACCCGCGCAACCGCAGUCGGAACUAAUCAGUCAGCAAUGGAACCACAUGAAUGCUAGCGCGCUUCUAUCUGGCCAGCAAUUACACGGGGGCCCGAGAGGAGCUUCAGGAUAUACAGGAAAAUAUCACCACGCACCAGACGCAGCGAAUUCCGAAACGGACUUAAUAACACGGACCACGGCGCGGAAGGUCGUAACGAGAGACGGCGUCAUUAUGGGCGCAAAUCUAGAUCGAAUGUCGAGUAUCGAUGAAGUUGAUGCCGAGACUCCGUCUCAAAGUUCAACUCCCACUGCAACUCCCCGUAGUGCGAAGACGAGCUUGAAGUUCGGUGGGAGAUAUAAGAAGUCCAGUCGCGGUGGUACGCCUGUUCGGAGUGCAGUUUCAGGCCUGGUUUCGAGCGCAAGUACUCCCAAUCAACAUGUUAUGAGCUUUAUGGAGUACGAUGCGCCUUCUGAGAUGGUUGAGCUUAGGGGGUAG